AGAAUAUUUACAUUUUCGAGCGAACACCAAAAAACAGCAAACAACAUUAACAAAUUGCUUAUCUACGAGGCAAGCACAUAUGUGUUUGUUUAUUUGUGAGUGUGUGUGUGUGGUUUCAUAUUAUGCAAAUGUGUUGAGGACGACUGUAGUUCGAUGUGCAAGCGAUGCUUCGAACUGUUGCAUGACACUAGCAAUGGCAAACAAAGGCUUCCCGAUAGCAAUUAAACUCUGUCAAAGCGAUUAAGAGAUGACGGUUCACAUAGAGUUAGAAGCUCAUAGAAAAUCAAAUGAAAAAAUAAUUGAAAAUAAUUUGCAAAAUUUGUGAACUCAAAAACCCAUAAAUAAAUAUUUCAAAAUAUCAUUUGGAUUGGGACAGCCGAAGCGCGCUCAUGGAAACGAUUUAGAAACGGACCUCAUACAUUUAAAAUACUACAAAAUGAAAAUAGAAAGACCGUUGCGUCUGCCUAGCAGCCUCGCAAUGCUCGCGAUGUGCUGUUGUGUGUCUCAACUAUUAACAGCGGCAGCAGCGCCACAGAAAGGCGGUGCUGUACGCAAUAUAGGCAUGGGCGAAGCUAUGAUACAACGCAGCGAUAUUAGUGAGAAGGAUGCGUAUUAUCGGCGCAAGCGCUCGCUUACCAGCGAUGAGCUGCCCGCCGAUGUAAUGGCAAAAGGACCGCAUACAUCUUUCACCAAACUCAUGCGUAAUAUUAAUGCGCCCUGUGUUGGUGGCGGCACCGGCGGUGGUACGGGUGGCGCUGGAAAUGGCGGUGAUGGUGAAGAUAUUGUGGAUGAGGCACGUCGGCGUAUCGCGCGUAUGAGGGCGCGUAAAGCAGCCGCUGGCAAGAAGAGCACCAACAGCAAAUCUAAGAAGAAAAGUGGACGACGUCGGCGGCAGGUGGAAGCUGCCGAUCUUGAAGGUUUGGGUGAGAGUGAGCAAGCGGCGGUUAGAGAUGAAUUUCGCGCCCACAUGCAGCAAUUCACCGAGAAAAUGAAUCGUGCGUAUGAGCACAUUGCUUCCUCAGUGAUGGAUAUGAUGAAGCGUAUGGAGGAAAACUUCUAUGCUGAAGAUGAUGGGUCGUAAGGUGUUAUCGUGAAUAUUAUAUUUUGGUUGUGGGUGUGAUUAAGCUGUUCUGUCUUUUAGAAAAUUAUUUAAAUAUUAUAGAAAUAAAUGUACUUACAUAUUGUAUUAUUGUUAUAAAGCAUUAGUUAAAAAUGUCUUUAAAGCACUACUUCUCUAUCAUUAGCCCACCUUUACUCUUUACUUUGAGGAUAUUACGCCACUUUUUUAACUUAAGUAAGCUUAGAUGCCGAUUAUAUGUAUCCCCAUGAGCGAGAAAUGCAAUAAAAUUUAAGCUCUUCAAAGAUGCUUUUUUAGUUUCUAA